AUUAAAUCAGGUCGGUCCUGAUUAUCUAGAAGUUAUAUCUACCUUCUACAGGGGGUGACAAUCUGACGGUAACCGGGAACACGUACCUGGAAUACCGCGGGUUUAUAGUACUCUUAAAAGACAGGGAAUCGACAGCAGGAAUUUAAAUGCGGUUCCAUCAUAGGAACAUUAUGCUGAUAAUUUGACCACCCUCCGAUAGGUUGUCUUAUCACUAGCUUAUGAGCGGCGGAGAGACUGGGGACGGGGAACGGAGCAGUUCUGGACAAAGAGGUUGUACAAAAUUUUGUAGGUCCAGAAUGGUGACGAGUUUGGAUGACAUUAAAUCCCUCCGCUUCUGGAGAGCGGUGGCGGCGGAGUUUGUGGGAACUUUGUUACUGACGAUGGUCGGUUGUGGUUCUGUCGUGACGUGGGACGACGACGGAAAAUUGGUGCAAAUUGCUCUUUGUUUUGGACUUAGUGUUGCAACGGUCGUCUGGAUCAUCGGUCACGUAAGUGGAGGACAUAUCAACCCGGCCGUAACGGUCGCGUUCUUCGUAACUAGGCGCAUCAGCCUAGCUCGUGCCAUCUUCUACGUCAUCAGCCAGUGUAUCGGCGCCAUUGUGGGUGCAGCGCUUUUGUUUGGGUUGACUCCUGCUAGCCAUCGUAAACAGGGAUCACUAGGGGUCACCAAAGUAAACUCGGAGCUAACAGGAGCGCAGGCGUUUGGGGUAGAGUUUUUCGUCACCAUUGUGUUGGUGUUGACUGUUUUCGCUUCCUGUGACAAGAAGAGGAAGGAUUUGAAUGGAUCGUUUCCUUUAUCCAUUGGUCUCUCUGUCACCAUGUGCCACUUGUUUGCAAUCCAGUACACCGGCUCCAGUAUGAACACUGCCAGAAGUUUUGGACCGGCGGUAAUCAUGGGUCAUUGGGAGUAUCAUUGGGUGUACUGGCUCGGUCCACUACUAGGGGGGCUGGUGGCUGGGCUUCUCUACGACAAUGUGUUUGCCGUCAAUGCCUCUCUCUUGAAGGCCCGCGGAUUCCUGCUGUCUAGCGAAUACGACAAUGAAAAAUUUUCCUCCAAAAAACCCAAGAUCCGGGUCAUUCAGGAGGAGGACGAUGAAGAAGAGGGAGACAGAAACCCUCUCACCAGCUCGUUCGACUCAGAGAAGGGGGAUCGAGAGCGACCCGAAUCUCCAUAGCAUCUGCAUGUAUUUCCCCAAGGCUAAACCGAACGCACGUACAACAUUAAUUGAAUUUAAGUUGACAUUCAUGCAUUGUUCGUAAGUGUUGGUGGCAUGUAGUUGUUUCUUAGUAAUGUUUAAGUUGUUAUAGAGCUGUAUUUCAUCAACUUUAUGUGUGUGUGUUUGUGGAAAAUUGAAAAUGAUAACUGUAGUCAUACACAUGUACAUGUAAAGAUUGAUGUGCAUUAAAUAAAGAAAAUAUUUACCGAGAGUAAAAUGUUGAUACUGAGACAGAAAUAACACAUUGUAUUUGUGGCCGAAUGGUUAGAGCAUUGCGCUCAAAAUCGGCCUCUCGCCCCUACUCGGCGCGGGUUCGAUCACGCUCGCGCCGGUAAGUGAAAAAGUUUCCCAGUUUACUUUCGGAAGGUCAGUGGUCUCUUCCCAGGUACAUUGUAUCUGGGCUCUUUCUUCCACCAAUAAAAACUGGGCCCAGAUAACUGAAAAAUUGUUGAGUGUGGCGGAAAACAGCAAUCAAUCAAUCAUUACCAGUAUGCUCAUUUUCAGUACUAUUUUUGAAAUCGUGACGUAUGUCAAAGAUUUUUAACCAUACUCCCAGAACUGUAUCGCAUGAUUUAUGUAUUGGAAGUAAGCGAAAGAAUUGACAUGGUGGUAUGACUAGAAAUAGUCGUUUUUAUUUUUUCAUUAAAUUAUUUCGAGUUCUCUGAUUGUCUGAAAUUCAACAAACUACAAUAAAGAAAACGUUAUAUUUACCUCUACUUGCCUUCAAGGUGAAUUAAAUUUUCCAACAUUUGACCAAAAAGGAAUUGGGAAUAGUAUAAUUUAUUUAUUGUCUUUCAAUGGAAACUCCCGUCUCUGCGCACUUUGACAAGGUGUUGCACCCUAGCUGUAAGUAAGAAUGCCUUACAUCACAAACUGGAGUGAUAGUUAUUUAACUGCACAUAUUAGUAGUAUCGAACCUAAUAUAAUGAUAAAAAGAUGGCAGAUUAUAGAAAUCGGUUGGUAAGCUUUAGUAGAGGGCUUCGAUGUUUUAAAUUAUUUCAAGUCAUAUACGAAGCAAAAGCCCACGUCUCUAAUCACUUUCAACUAGGUCUUGCACAGUAGCUGUAGACAAAGAUGGUUGACCAGGUAUCAUUUCGCACAUUAGUUUCAUUUUCUUAAUGUAUACUUUAUUCUCAUAAAAAGUGUAGGCUCUCGUAGCCAGUUUCGGUGUUUUAGAUUAUUCAAUCAUGUAAUGUGUACAUCAAUUAUUGAAAUUUUUCUAUGUCAAAACGAUGUUUUAGCUACCCAAGAAGUAGAAUACAUGUAUUAAACUCGUCCUUUGGGCUCGGUGAAUAUUCUAAUUCUUAUAUGUAGAUAAAGCAUUGUAUUGACCUCGUAAUGUAAUUGUACACAUAUGUAAUGCCAAUAUUACAUUCUGAGCAAUAUUAAAAGUGAAUAUCA